AUGUCUGAAAUGAAAAGUAAUACUAUGAUCAGUAAUAAUAAUAAUAAUAAUAUUGACAACAACAACAACAUUAAUAACAGUGAUGAAAAUAAUAAUAAUAACAAUAGCAGUAAUAAUAAUAAUAACAAUAACAUUCAAAAUGGAUUUAUGAUAACAAAUAGUAGUACUCAAAAUAGUAGUAAUAGUAGUAAUAACAAUAAAACAUCAACUUCACCAUUUCUAAUUGGAAAUAAUAAUAAUAAUAAUAAUAAUAAUGGAAUAUUAAAUUCAACGAUGAUACCAUUUUCAUCGACACAACUUAUUCAAGGAUCAUCUCCAGGUAGUGCUUUACCAUUGUUUAGUGAGAUAGGUAGUCCAAGUUCAACUUCAAUCUUAAAUAUACCUGUAAAUACAAAAUCAUUAAAUAAAGAUACAUCAGUUGGUGCUAGAAGAAGAAAACAUCAACAAAGUAAAUCACAGAGUUAUUCGAAUUUUUCAACUGACGGAACAACUCUGCCAGCUGAAACAGAUUCACACCGACGAGAAGGCGACCAAAGACACACUGGAGCGCGAGUUGGUCGAUAUCAAAGAUCGCUGGGUAACGCCGCAAGAGUACGAGAGUUGGAAGGAGCAGAUCGACGCGGUGACAACCGAGCUGGACAAGCGCGUCGAGCAACUCAACGAGUGGAGCGAACGACACGCGCAACAAGAGCUGCGAAUCGAAGCGAUGCAGGAACAAGUGAGGAAGGAGCGCGACUUGAAUGUUGUGCUGCGACAAGAGUCUGA